AUGUUGACGCAUAUUCGGCUCCCACGCCAUCUCUCACAAACCUUUACCAGUGUUGCUAUUAGGGCUUACCAAAGCUCUAUUGCAACUAAGUCCACCAAGUUUCAAACAGGAGAAAGUCCCGGUCGAAUACAGCAAUAUUUUAUCACGGUAAACCGAGACCCAAACCUAUGCGCUGACUUUAUCACCCCUGGACCGUUUGGACUGAGAGAAACAAAUACAGCUAACUCAGACACACGAACUCUGAAGCUGGGAAAAACCCUUCGUAUUCUUCAAGAACGACUUCCUACCCUGCUCCAAAAACCUCUGCCUCCGGAAAUAUUGUCACCUCAAAUAACCUUGCAUCUAUUUCCCUCCACCCAUCCGCACUUACCUACUGUAACCGGGCGUGUUGCAUAUUCAGCUGCCUUAUGGACAUCACCUAUUGCGUGGGGUCGUUUACCACUUAUUAGUAACGUCAAGCUGCAAAUUAUAUCAGAACGUAUGAUUCGACAGGCCUCAACAUCUACAACUCCCGCUGAAAGAAAGGAACAGCUUGUUGUCCGCUGGUGCACCGUUGGUAAGCCUCAGGAGCAAGGAAUUGGGGCCUUAUAUCAUGGCAUCAACACGAUCAAAAGCACAGAGUUCACUGGGCUAUUUAUUUUUGAUUUUGACGAAGAAGGAAGAAUAUUGGUUCACACAAUCGAACAUGCCCAGGAAGGUGGCAACUGGGAGAGAGGUGUUGGUGCCAAGGUUGUUGCCCUUACGGACUGGCUACUAGGUGGAAUGAAAGGAGAUGGGCACGGCGAAGGUGCGCCUUGCCCAGUUUUUUGGAGCGAGGAUUUGGGAAAGACAACGGAGCGAAAGUUGAAGUAA